CUCGUGGCUCGCGCUGACGUGGGCCGCAUUUGCAGGCGAUCAACGUGCCCCAGCUGGUGGAGCUGCCGGUGGGCGACAACCUCGAGGACCACGCGCGCGUCGCCGGCCUCGAGUUCUCCUGCGGCCCGCCCCUGUGCGUCGUGGACGGGGCUAGCCGGGUCCGCGACAUGUACACGUACGCGACCACGCGCACCGGCCCGCUGGCCGAGGGUAUCGGGCUCCAGUACAGCGCCUUCUUCCGCACCGACCUGGACCCGCCGCCGCCGGCGGGCACCGGGCCCCCGGCCAAGCAGCCCGACUUGCAGAUCCUGUUCCUGGCCAACCUCGAGAUGGAAAACGGCGGGCGGUGCCUGAUUAGCGAGCCCUGGCGGUGGAACCGCCUCCAGUGGACGCCGGCCGUGCUGCACCCGCGAAGUCGCGGCCGGGUGCACCUCAACCUCGCGGACCCGCUGGGGCAGCCCAUCGUGGAGCUGGGCUACCUCUCCGACGAGGGCGGCCACGACCUCGCCGUCCUCGUGGAGGGGCUGAAGAUGGGCGUCGCGCUGGGAGACUCGCUGGCCAAGUUGGGGCUCACCAUCAACAAGGACAACACGCGCACCCCCUUAUGCAGACACCUGUCGUUCGGAUCGGACGAACACCUGCGGUGCGUGGCCCGAACCACGACCAACACCCUCUGGCACUGGACGGGGACGUGCCGGAUGGGUCGCGAGGACGACGACGCGGCCGUCGUGGACUCGAAGCUCCGCGUCAGGGGCGUGCGCGGCCUCCGGGUGGCGGACGCGUCAGUCAUGCCCUCCGUGACCAGCGGCAACACCAACGUGCCCACCAUCCUGGUCGCCGAGCGCGCCGCCACCAUCAUCCUGGGCGACCACGGCCUGCUGCCGAGGAUGAACUAAAGCCGAGCGCGGGCGCGAUGAUUCCCUGA